UCAAGCAAACGUUUUCACUGGCCUCGAUCCAUUCUUCCUCUACUACACUUGCCGUCUCGACGACACCAGUACAUCUUUCAACCAGUGACAGCCUCAUGCGAUCAUUACAACGACUCGACGGUUUAUCUCCAAAGAGAAGAUGUGCGCCGUGCUCUCAACAUCCCCAGCAUUAUUCCGGCGUACGAAAGCUGCAAUCGAUCGUCUUUUAAGGUCGCAUUGUUUUAUGGUGAUGUUGAUUCGAUAUGCAAUGCGAUUCAUGGUGCUCAAUUUGCGUCAGAACUCGGCCUGAAUCUCAAAUCGCCUCAGUCCAUCUACACCGAUCAACAACAAGAACCACCAACUAUUGGUUUUAUCACACAGUACGAAGGCUUGGAUUUCCUGACCGUAAGAGGUGCAGGGCACUUCGUGGCGUCGUCGGAUGAAAAACCAAAGGAAGCCCUUCAACUGUUCGUGAACUUCCUCCGAGGUACGAACUACAGUACCCCGAUCGACUACCUCACUUUGACAGGGCUGUCGUCUUUAGAAGCGAUAGCCGAAAUCGCUGGAUGUACCCACGGUCUGAUACAUAUGGCUAUCACCGGGAAUACAUUCAUCAAUUUCGGUAUCUGCAAUUGA